AUGUCGACUCCUCAGAGCAGCUCCCUGUCCUCAUCACCGCUGAGCACACGGAUGCAGUCUCUGCAGGUGGACUCGGUCCAGCGCUGGAUGGAGGACCUCCGCCACAUGACGGAGGUGGAGUGCAUGUGCGUCCUGCAGGCCAAGCCCAUCGGGGUGGAGGAGGACUCCCAGCAGGGGGAGCUGAUCGUGACCCCGGGGGUGGGCGGCGGGGACCACGUGGCCCGGAACAACCUGCAGACGCUGCUGCGCCGGGCCCUGGUGGUCAGCACCGAGCUGGGGAAGAUGUUCCAGCGGCUGGAGAAGGGCCGCUGGCAGAGGGUCCACAGCACGGCCGUCCGCGCCAACUGCCACGUGCGCUCACUCGUGCACGAGUACAGCACUGCCCGGAACACACCCCCCGAGAUGCAGAAGUAUGAAAAAUCACUGCUGGAAAAAUGUAUGGAGUUGACUAAUAUAACUGAGAGGUGCCUGCACACCGAAGAUGAAUUCUUCCUGAAAUCCAUGAGAGAGGCCAUCCAUGAGAUCCUCACAGAUGUCAGCGAUUCCUUCAGCAACAUGAUUGACUUGGCCUUAGCCAAUGAGAUUCGGGUUCUGAUCAAGCAGAUUGAGUCAUCAGACAGCCUUCACACAAUCGGCAGUGCCAUUAGCAACCUGCUGUCUCUAACCCAGGAUGGACCCCAGCUCUGCAGCAUCAUAGCCAAGGAAGGAGCUGUGGUGGCCCUGUUUAAAAUCUGCCGGCAGGACCGCUUCAGAGACCUGUACGCUCACGCCCUGAGGACCGUGGCCUCCAUCUGCUGCGUGGAGGAGGGCAUCAAUCAGCUGGACAAGGUGGAUGGGAUUCUGUGCCUGGCGGACAUUCUGACCGAUGACAGCAGCGUGGAGGCGGCCCGGGCCGAGGCGGCGGCCGUGGUGGCUCAGAUCACCUCCCCCCACCACACCUCCACCCAGCACCUGGCCAGCUUCCUGGAGAGCAUGCACGACAUCGUCACCGCGCUCAUCAAGCUGUGCGAGAGCGCCUCGUGUGGCGAGGUCUUCCUCCUGGCCUCGGCAGCCUUGGCCAACAUUACCUUCUUUGACAGCAUGGCCUGUGAGAUCCUCCUGCAGCUGAACGCCAUCCACAUCCUGCUGCAGGCCUGCAAAGACCGCCAGAGAGUCGACACGCCCUACUCCAAGGACCAGGUGGUGACAAUUUUGGCAAACCUCUCAGUCUUGGAGCCUUGUGCUCCAGACGUCCUGCAAGAACAAGGAAUAGAGAGACUCCUGCUGCUGCUGGGGGAGAAGCCCACCUCCCCCAGCCCCUCGGAGGGCGCGGCCUGUGAGCGCGUCCAGCAGAAGGCGGCGGUCACGCUGGCCCGGCUGAGCAGGGACCCCGACGUGGCCCAGACCGCCAUCCAGCUCAAAGCUGUUCCUCGACUCAUCGAGCUCUGUCGCUCCCCCACUGAGAGAAAUAACAGUGACUCUGUGUUGGUGGCGUGCCUGGCUGCUUUGAGGAGGCUAGCAGCGGGCUGUCCAGACAGCAUAGAGGCGGCCGACCACCAGCAGCUCAUCAAACCACGGCUAGUUGACUCUUUCCUGCUGUGCUCCAACAUGGAGGAGAGCUUUGUAUGAUGGGCUGCUCACCAAAACCACUGAGAGCUGGACUCGUGUUCAUUUAAGGCCACGUGCUGCCCUGUACUCGGAAACAUUGCAUCUGUUUUAUGGCUUGUGCUUUUACAUAUAUAUAUAUAUAUAUAUAUGGUUCUCAUGUUUUUGUGUUGCUUAUACAAUUCACUUCACUAAAAUUCUUAAAUUAUUUUAUAUGAGCAGAUGCGUUAAAGUGCUUUUUAAAUUACAAAGUAUAACCUUAUCGGAGAAAGAAAAACCUUGGUUGCCACCAUUGUUCUAUUUUAUUUGAUUUUUUACUGAUAUAUUCAUGAAGUUCAGAAAAGGAGGCUUUUGUUUGGGAAAAGCAAGACGUUCUUUGUACAAACAAUGUGUGUUUUUUAUGUUUCGAGUUAGCAACCGUUUUAUUUGAAUAAGAAAUGCAGCUAAAUUAUUACAGUUAUUCAGCGUGUUUGUGUUUUGAGUGACCGGAUGAGAGGUCACAUACAUUUUUCAUGAAGAAAUACCAUAACAUGCUGUGACUGCAUGGGUAAGAAAAAAGCACAUCUGUUGGUUUGACAAUGUAUUCACGUUAAACAUUUUUUUAAACAUUAAUCUAAAACACUACAUUUGCAACUGGAAAAGAAAUCUUUCUCUUUUUUUUUUAAGAGAGAAUAACU